UGUUCUCCCAUUAGCAAACUUACUAUUGAAGUUAGAGGACAUUGGACGUCGUUUGCACUACUACUCCUGCCGAAAAUAGUGGUUUUUUUCCAAUUGAAGUGGAUUUCUGAAUUGCUAGGCUUGAAUAUUUAUAUAUUCUAAUUCGUAGCAGGGAUGUGUAUUUAAACAAGGAAGUCCAAAUCGUGCCAUCGGGUUUGUGCGGGCUAGCAAGUGGCAAAAUAAAAAAAUGGCCGCUUUAUGCCAAUAUAUGUGAAGACUAAAUUAUCUAAAAGUUCUUAAAAUGCAAGAAAAUAAAGGAGCCUCUGAUUUGUUCAGAGGAUGGUUAAUGAAAUGGACAAACUACAUUAAAGGUUAUCAGAAACGAUGGUUUGUUUUAAGUCAUGGGCUUCUCUCCUACUACAGAAACCAAGCGGAAGUUGUUCAUACAUGUCGAGGAACGAUAAAUAUGGCAAAUGCAUUUAUUUCUACUGAAGAUGACCCUUGUGGCUUUGUUGUGUCCAACGGGAGUACACACUACUUUCAUCUUAGAGCGACGUCCGAAAUUGAAAGACAAAAAUGGGUGACUGCUUUGGAACUUGUCAAGGCAAAAGCUAUAAAGACGCAAGAAUCAGAUGAAGAUGAGGAUGAAGACAAAAAUGAAGGCUCCACAAAACCACUAUCAAGUAAGAUAGACGAUCUUCAGACAUGUAAUGACCUAGUUACUAAACAUGGGACAGCAUUACAAAAAGCAAUCAAUGAGCUCCAGGAUUUGGGCGAAGAGCUUAUUGAAGGCGUGGAACUGGGCAAAAGAUUGAAACUUGUAAAUGAAAAAGCCACAUUGUUUCGUAUUACAUCAAGUGCCAUGAUAAGUGCAUGUGGUGAAUUUUAUGAUCUCGCUCAAAAGCAAGAGAAGAAUUUCAAAAAGUUCAUCGAGCAUGAACGCUCUCAAAAAAUUCGUUUGGAACAAACGGUCGAAGAACUAGCGAAGCAAUAUAAUUUCCUUGAAGAAGCGUGUCGUGAGGGAGUACCAAAGCAGAAAAAAAACGCUUUAGCAAAAUCAUCACGGCAGUCGUCGGCAAUGACAGCUGGACAACCUUCCACUCAGACUGGUGUGGAUUCUGGGAACAUAUCUAGUGAUGAUGAUACAGAAUUUUUCGAUGCUGUAGAUGUCACAGGUAACAUACCCUACUCGGCUGGCGAACUUUCUACGGCGAGUUCCGAUAUUAGCUUUCAGUCGGAAAAGAAUGUGACUUCACAUAAGAGGUCGUCAUCAGACUAUGCAGUUAGCGUUCCUGAAACAGCCGACAAUCAUCGUAUGCACAGUGCUUCGGCUGGUGAUUUGUCGAGCAGUUCAAUAUCUACAACAUUAAAACUGGAAAAGAAGGCUGACGUAUCAAACGAGAAAGCAAUGAAGGUAAAAACUCGACGAAAAACUUUACCGCCAAAACCAUCGCAGAGUUUGAAUCUUUGGAAUAUCUUGAAGAAUUGUAUUGGCAAGGACCUAUCGAAGAUACCAAUGCCUGUGAAUUUCAACGAGCCUAUAUCUAUGUUACAACGUCUAACAGAAGAGAUGGAGUAUUCAGAUCUCUUGGAUAAAGCUGCACAAGCAAAAAAUAGUCUCGAGGAAAUGUGUUAUGUUGCUGCAUUUACCAUAUCAUCGUACUCGACGACAAGUGUACGCGUUGCUAAACCUUUCAAUCCACUUCUUGGAGAGACAUAUGAAAUGGACAGAAGUUGGGAAGAAGGAUGGAGAUGUCUUGCUGAACAGGUUUCCCAUCAUCCACCAAUCACGUGCUUCCAUAUCGAACAUCCUGAUUGGACGUAUUGGCAAGAUUUCACGGCAAACAGUAAAUUUCGUGGUAACUAUCUUCAGGUUGUUCCACUUGGCGUUGCUCAUCUGACAUUUUGUGCCAGCGGUAGUCAUUAUACUUGGCGUAAGGUCAACACAACUGUGCGCAACAUUAUUGUUGGAAAACUUUGGGUUGAUCAGUCAGGUGAAAUGGAAAUUACAAAUCAUACGACAGGAGAUAUAUGCAAACUGAAAUACAACGCAUACACAUAUUUUUCACGAGAAAUUCCGAGAAAGGUCACUGGUUAUGUCAUGGAUAAAUCCAAGGUAACACAUUAUAUCUUGACGGGUACAUGGGACAAAAAAAUUGAAUGUGCUGAAGUAUUUUAUAACAACAAUACUGAGGGUGGAAUGCCGAAACAGACAGCCCAAACUAGGGCACCGUUUACUUUAUGGAAGAUGAACGCUCUUCCUGCUGAUCGUGAACUUCAGUAUAAUUUUUCUGAUUUUGCGAUGUCGUUGAACGAGCCAGAUGAUUCAGUGGCUUUAACAGACUCGCGCUUCAGACCUGAUCAGCGGCUUAUGGAGCUAGGUAAAUGGGACGAAGCCAACUCGGCCAAAGGUAGACUUGAGGAAAAACAGCGUGCAAAACGCCGUGAGCGUGAGGCUGAGGCUGAGUUAGCAAAACGUGAAGGUCGCGUGUUUGAGGACUACAAACCUGUGUGGUUCGAGAAAGUUCAUGAUGAAUUAUCGGGGUUAGAAAUACAUGUUUAUAAAGGUGGUUAUUGGGAGGCGAAAGAGAAACAGGAUUGGUCUAUGUGUCCAGAUAUAUUUUAGGAAAUGAUAUGAAAAUACUUACAAUGAAAUGUUGAAAAGUGAAGAAGGAAUUGGCUGAGGAGAUAUAGUUAACAACGUCAAAUGACGUAUUUGGCAAUGACGUCAAAUGAUGUAUUUGACAAGAAAUUACGCACUCGAGUUAUACGCUCAAAAAAAUACACUUACAAAAACUGGAAGAGUCUUCGUGUUUCCCUUUAAUCAGGAGCUUUUUCCUUCGAAUAAAGUUAAAUUCUUGUGAAGAAUUCUAAAUUAUGCUGAUAUUUUUAAAAAUGAAAAAUUCCA